AAACUCCAGUGUCAUUAAGAGUAUUACACCUGAAGAAUUUCAACAUAAAACAUCAUGAAGCUCUUUGUAUUUACAGUAGUAGCCAUUAUGCUAUUCUCAUUUCCACCUUCAGUAAAAACUAAUGCUUGGGGAAAUACAAUACUAUCAUGGCUUAUAAUGUUUGGUGGUGAAUGUAACAAGUGUACAGACAAUCAAGUAUGUCUUUCUGAAGGAGGGAAUGGAUGGAAGUGCACAACUUUAGAGGAUGCGCAAUGUAAGUUAGAGAAACCAAAUUCUACUGAUUGGUUUAGUUCAUCGCUGUCUUUAAAGUGCAGUAAGCCAAAUACUAAAGCCGUUUACAAACAUGAAGGAACUACUUAUUGCAAUUGGAAUCCUGGAAAUGGAUUAUGGGGUUAAAGUUUUUAUUCAAAGCAACACGAAAAAAAAAUAUUAGUAAAUAUUACUGAGAUUCUCGUCAACAGCGCGCCUAGACUGAAUGUCAGUAAAUUUUAUUGAGUAGAAUGUAAGAAAUUAAUAACAGAUGCAUUUUUUUGACAAGUGUCGUAUAGUUUUUUAAGAUUUGAGUAGUAAUUUUAAAUAGUCAAGCAGUAUAUUUUAAAUAAUUAGAAGUUGAACUACAAUUAUUGUCAAUCAUUUUUUUCCGUGAAAAUUUAACUUACAAAGCUAUUCACGUAAUAACGUCAAUAGAUUUUCUUAAAUAUGCUUUUAUAUAUUUUAACUCAAAAAAUUUGUAUGAAUUAUAAACUCACUUCUCAGUAAAAAUAUUACAUGUAUGCACUAAAAUUUA